AAAGCAGGCUAUUGGGAAACAUAAAGUAGAACAAGCCCUUGGCAUUGCCAGAGACGUAACAAACACGUACUAUGAAAGAAUGAAUUUGGAAAAGCCAAAUUUUCUGCAUCAGGAAAUAAAGAAAAAAAAAAAAGACCAAGCAAACAGACUAUCUUUUCUAUGAGCUGGAAGGUCUGCAGACUCCGAGAAAGACAUGUCCUUGCCGGGCUGGUUCUAGAGAUUGUAACCUGUGCGACAGAGUCGAAGGAUUUGUGGAGCCCUGUCAGUGAGAAGGUUGGAAGAAGGGGAGCCACCACCUGUGCACACCACCUUCAAGUCCGUCCCAUGGCCACAUCCACUGUUUACUGCCAACUUCAGAAGAUAUCUAUCAAGUGUUUAUUAGGUACCAGGCAUUCUUCCUGACACCAGGACACCAUGGUGACCAAGACACUGAUUUAUACUACCAUGACGCUGAUAGCACAGUCAUGAAGAGAGCCGUGAAAAGACCCUAACCAGCAGCUGCUGAGCCAUGGCUGAAGGGGAAGUCACGACGUUCACAGCCCUGACUGAGAAGUUUAAUCUGCCUCUGGAGAAUUAUAAGAAACCCAAACUUCUCUACUGCAGCAAUGGGGGCCACUUCCUGAGGAUCCUUCCAGAUGGCACAGUGGAUGGGACAAGGGACAAGAGCGACCAGCACAUUCAGCUGCAGCUCAGUGCGGAAAGCGUGGGGGAGGUGUAUAUAAAGAGCACCGGGAGCGGCCAGUACUUGGCCAUGGACUCCGAUGGGCUUUUGUACGGCUCACAAACACCGGAUGAGGAAUGUUUGUUCCUGGAAAGGCUGGAGGAAAACCAUUACAACACCUACACGUCCAAGAAGCACGCAGAAAAGAAUUGGUUCGUGGGGCUCAAGAAGAAUGGAAGCUGCAAGCGUGGUCCCCGGACUCACUACGGCCAGAAAGCAAUCUUGUUUCUCCCCCUGCCAGUCAAUUCCGAUUAAAGAAAUCUGUUCUGGGUGCUGACCGCUCCAGAGGGGUCAUCACCAGCUGACCGCAGGUUGUUCCCCUGACCAUUGGCUGCACUAACCCCUGGCCCACAGAGCCUGAAUUUGUAAGCAAUGCACCUCUAAAACGCCCCAUUCAUUUUCUUGCAGAGCCCUUUACCCCAGCACAGUUUGGAACAGAGGGGACCCCAUCGCUUCAAGGGGCCAGUUGGCUGGGUAGUUUGGGUCUGUUCUGGAGGUGCAGUUGCCUCUGGGCACCUGCUGCAGGCUGAGCUUUUCAAUGCAAAGGUGGGGCCACAAGAAGCGUGUCUGUGGGCUGCCGAGUGGAUCAUUAGUAACUGCAUUUGAUUUCCUCGACUGAGUAAACCCUGUCCGCAUUCCCCCGAACAUCCGGCGUGACUCCCCUUGGUCCUAUUGAUGCCCCACAAACAUUAGCAGAAAGGCUUAUGACUAGGGUAGAGAAAGGCAGCGUUCCGUGAGUAGAAACAGGGAUGAGGAAAUCCUUUCUCAAGACCAGAAGGGAUUACAGUGGCAAGGGGAGGCUGGGCUCUGGUGGAUGGUUUGGAAGGACGGCAUCUCAGCGCAGAGUCGCUGAGGGAACGGGAGGCUCAGGCACAAGAGAGCCGAACAAACGCAGAGCCGCGGCAGUCCUCCUGAGGCCUUGGCCCUCCGCAGGCUGUCGGGCAACAGGAAGCCCCUGGGUGAUGUCCGGUGGACAGCCUGAGAAGUGGGUCCUUGAGCAACGACGUCGAUGUUGGUAAAUUCAUCGGGGUCCAGGAAGUGAGUGCGGGAGUGAUGAGAAAGAAAGGGAAGCAUGGGCUGAGGGGUCGUUAUCCUCUAAACAGGAUGAGUCUAGGAGUGAGAAGGAGAGAGACAGGGAUGCCAUGAGCUGAGCCUCGCCACCAGGAAGCGGAGGCUUGUGGGUCCCAGCAGGGCUGAGAGACCACACGGGGGAGUGUUUUUGAAUGUAGGUUCUGGUUCAGUGGGUCUGGGGUGCAGCUGUGAUGUUUCCAACAAGCUCCUGGGCACUGUAGAUGCUGCUGCUGUCCCCCACCACUCUUUCAGUGGAGGUCUGAAGGAUGGUAGUCAAAUGGAGGUGGCUCAACCCUGCCACCCGCCCCCUCUCUCCGCACCCCUAAGAACCCUGUAGCAUUCAGGCAGCAUCGGUGGCCAUUACGCCUGCGCUGAGGUGCUUUGGCCCAUUGCCUAUAAAAUGCCCAUUUAGAAGAUAAACAAAAGCAUACUUCAAAAAUGUUAAACCCUCACAAACAGCUUUUCCCAAAAGACCGUUUGUGUUACGAUCACUUGUAUAAAUAUGCUUCCUGCUUAAAGUAAACUUGACCCAAGUGGCUGGCAAAUUAGAAACACCAUUCAUCUUUGACAUACGAUACUGUUACCCUGUAAAGGUGUUUAAUAAGCCAUUUAAAUUUACUGUGAGACUGUAUGUUUUAAUCACAUUUAAAAAUAUAUAGCUCAAAGGCAGUUAAACUGAUUAGCAUGCAGCCACUGACAAUGAUAAUAGGAUAUGAUGUAUAAGCUAUUCAGUUAUCUACUACUUAUACUACAUUUACUUGUAAAAUGAGAUUUUCCUUUGUUUUCCACUGCUGUUAGAAAUUUUUUCUUGGAAAAUGGGGAUUCUUAAGUAAUGAUGUGAUAAUUGUGGAUAAAAACUGAUGAGAGUGUUAGUUCAUGUUUUCUAAAAAAAUGAAGUUAUUAAUUGCAAAACAAUUCCUAGUUGAACUGUCAUAUUGAGAAUGGAAGAAAAAUGACAAUUGGUGAAAGUUUGAAGCAAUGGUACAAUUGAGGAACUGAACCAAGUGAAUGUGAUUGUGAAUAAUACCAUCUCACGUUUGUUUCUACAGCAAAGCGAUUACAUAACUUUUUUUGGUAACUUGGAUAAGACAAUUUUAUUUUAUAUUAAUAAAUCUUUGCAGGCAAGUUAGGAGUAGUAGAGUGUGGCAUAACAUCUCUUUACUACAAAGAUUUGGCCAGAAAAAGGCAUCCAUAAAGGAAAUCCAAGAUAUUUAUAAUGGUCCAUCGUUUUCAGUGUAUGAAUCAAAUUGAAGUAUAACAUUGGCCAAGAAAAUGUAAAUACCAUUGCUAACAGAUGAGACAGAAGUCUGUGGGCUCAGGCCUGGAGCAUUGUGGAAGAACACUACUGUGACCGUGACACCCUCGGGUCAGUUACCGCUCGUGUACUUGUCACUGAGUAUUUAUGAAGUGUCUACAGUGUGUCCGGCACUAUCCUGGGCACUGGGGCCCCUGAGAACCUUGGCCGUCUGGUUUGCUGCUGUAUUCUCUCCCAGGGCAUUAGAUGCAUGAAGAAAGAUGCUGUGGAUUCAUUUCUUUCGGUCAAGUAAAAAGAGACUUUUGGAGGUUCCUGUUGAAUAAACAGCAAGUCUCAGAAAUCCAGGUGUGGGAAGAGUUAGCAACCCCUGGCAUAAGACAAAAACCCCUAUCCAAGUGUCAGAGGACAAGGCAAAGCAAGCCGAACAUGGUCAACUGCAGAACCAGGUCAGCUCACUGUCUAAUCGGGAAAAGAGCCUGUCAGAUCUGGGAGGAAGGGAGUGGCCCCCAGCCCUUCAAUGUGUCUUGAACAUGCUCUAGUUCCUUAAACAUGGAGCAUCCCUGUUGCCCUCCCUCUUCCUUGGGUCAGCCUUGCAGCCAUUUGCCUGUCAUGUGGGUUCAUUUUCAGGCCAACUGUUACGAGUUGCCUGACGUUCUGUACAAAGCUUCAGGAGUGUGUAUGCUUUUGUUUCCAAUGUGCUGGUGGAGACGGUGGUGACCUGUUUCCCGGAAGGGAUGAUAACGCCUCCUAUGGCCAACAGCAUGUACUUAUAAAAACUGCCAGCGCAUCACAUGGUACUGAAGAUCGGGCCCUUGCUUUGCAUUGGAGGCGACGGAGCCCAAGACCUCAGCCUUGUAGAACAUGAUGCCUAAACCAACCAAGCUCCUGGGCUGCAGAACAGAAUUCUGAUGAAGAAGAUGCCUGUCAAUUCACAUCACUGUCUCUUUUUUUUUU